AGCUGUGGGAUAACAGAAAGGGAGAAAACAAACACGAGAGAGAGAGAAACGUACUGUAGAGCUCCUGGAACACAAAAGGAGGGAGGGGGAUUGUUUCGCCGUCUCUCUUCUCUCCCUCCAGCUUUAAAAAGUGAAACCGCUCUUUGAAGUGGGGAGKUGGGGGGCAGGGGGGGACAGAACUGUACCUUCACCAUCCUGUCUGGACUGUCAGGAGUAUAUAAUGCACGGACCCGGACCUGAAUCCCAGACGCAACGCGGAGCUGCAAACGGACAACCAGCCGAGGACCCGACGCCACGACAACCAUGAACGACGUCAAGCUGGCCCUGCUGGGAAGCCAGGGGGCCGGCAAGUCAGCUGUCCUUGUGCGAUUCUUGACCAGACGCUUUAUUGGUGAAUACGCCUCGAAUGCAAACUCUUUGUACCAUAAGAGGCUGUCGAUUGAUGGCAGGCAGCUGAACCUCGAAGUGUUUGACCCCUGCUCUCAGCAGAGCUCCGAGGCCCGGUGCAUCCUGGAGGAGCCAGUGGACUGGGCCGACGGCUUCGUGGUGGUGUACAACAUCAGUGACCGCUCUUCCUUCAUCAACGCCAAAAGCAUCCUGCGGCAGAUCCGGGAGGCUCGCACCGACAGCUGCAAAGGGGACUCGGACGUUCCUGUGUGCCUGGUGGGUAACAAGCAGGACCUGUGCCACGUCCGGCAGGUGCGAGAGGACGAAGGCCGCAGCCUGGCGCAGGAAACCCGCUGCCACUUCCAGGAGGUGUCGGCGGCGGAGAGCUACCAGGACAUCGCUGGCCUCUUCACCCGGCUCAUCCGGCAGGUGAUGGAGCACCUGAAGUACCGCGCCGACCGCCGGCGCUACAGCGGCUCCAAGUCCAUGGCCAAACUCAUCAACAACGUGUUUGGCAAGAGGAGGAAAUCAGUGUGACGGUCCCAGCUGCAGGAUGACCUGAAAACAAAGUCAAGCUGGGUGAACUGGGAGGUUGCUUCUUUUUUUUUCCUUCUUCUUUUCCAACAAAGUCAUAGUCGAGGCAAGCAGCAAAGCUUCGUAUUUGUUCAGUACCGUUGAAACGUACUCUUGAACAUUUCCUCUUAUCACGACUUUAAUCUACACAAAGUGGUGUGUAACUGUAAAAUGAAGCUUGGUUUAUGAGUAGUUUUUGCAAAUGAAAUAUCCUCUUUGGCCAAACUUAGGUCUAGUCAAAGAUUUUAAAUUGGAUUUAGCUUUGGACAUUGACUAGGAACACCUGAAUAUGCUUUGACCUAAAGUAAAACAGCAGCUGCGUUUCCAGUACAAUUGUUGACAUUUCUGUUUUUUUUUUUUUUGCUAAUGUUGAAAAAACUAUUUCGCAAUUGCAUUUUUUUCCGUUACAUAAAAAAAACGCAAUUAAAAUCACAUGUGAAUAAUUAUGUUCACGAGAUAAGUCAAUUAAAACACAUGCCACGUCAUCAUUCUGCUACUACUUCCUGUUGUCGUCUUCCUCUUUCCUGCAGUGGUAAAAUUCGGUUGUUGAUCACAUUUUGAUACAACCAAAAAACCUCGCCUCAUCCUAGCGCAAAAACAUGUUAUUAAGGUUUUGUCCCGUUUCUGUUAAGCAGAUUCAUGUUCGUAAUUUCAUUUUGCACAAAUUUAUGGUCACUAGUGUUGCACAAUGUAGAUGAUGUGUUAGUUCUCAGACACACAUUGAAGCCAAAAAGUUAAACUUUAGUCUCGUCUGACCAGAGCGUCUUUGAACAUUUCCUUUCUCCUUGGCCCUUUUGUUUUACGGCCUACAUUUACAGAGCGUGUAAUCCCUGUAUCUCCUCCAGAGUUAGAAUAAUUGAACCUGGGGAAAGAUUAAAUUACAAACAGAAGAGCUCUGUGCACCACUUAGGUGACUCCUGAUGGCAGUUGAUUGUGUGGACUUUAUUAAGGGGUAUUAUUGUAGAUGAGGAUGUGUCUAAAACACACGUUUGUUUUUGUGAACAAAUUUGAAUUAUCUUGCAUACUUUUUCUCACUUCUCAUUCAUUAAUUUUUUCUGUUGGCCAAUCACAAACGCAGUUGCUUGUUCAAAAGCACUUUAUAAUAAGCAACACGAAUGGUUGACAGCAAGCAGUGGUAGGCACCGCUAACUAAAACGCUAUUUGCGCUAAUCAAAAAGUGCUAAUCAUAAACAUUAGCUCUGCCAGUACUGAAGUUCUAUACCAACAUGGAAUUUAGCAGAAGCUAAUAUAAAAUGCAAAAUUCAAACAUAUUGGUACCUACCAUGCGUCAAUGACAAAGUAUGUGUUACAACAAAUAAUAUAAAAUUUGACCAUUUGAAGAAUUCUCAACUUCAACAGAGGCAUCAGACUUUAUUCAACUGAAAGUUUACGAAACAGUAAGUGCUUCAGAGUUUAUGUGAAAAAAAAAAUGUAUUUAGCUAAGCUAACGACGCAAAAUGUUUAAAGCCCUAAUAAAACAAUUAGCUCUGCAAUCAGCAUGCUAGCAGACUAUCAGUAGUGCGCCCACUACUGUCUGUCUAUACACUACUAAUGUAUAGACAUUUAGUGACAAAACUUUGGCAUUUCUAUAGAUCUGCUUCAAAUUUCAGCAACUUAUGUAGGCCCCCUAGCAAGUUGCCUUAAGUAAAAAAAAAA